GAAACAACGAAAAUGAAAUCUUCAAUCUCGCUCGUUUUUAUAUUUCGAUAAAUCGGAUAGCAAAUUUUUUCGCGAGUUUAGUUUCCAAACAGUAAAUAUGACACGCAGGAAAUUCGAUCUCUUCAUGACUAAAAAUCCGGAAGGCCCGCGUGGCCUACUAAGAUGACCGCUCGUCUUCAUUCGUUGAGGCAUCAAGAAAAGAAAUCGGCCGGCAACACUCAUAGACAUUACCAUCAUCAUCAAUCGCAACAUCAACAGAGCGUGCACCAAGGACCGAGUCCGUCGGCCAGUCCUAGCCCUAGUCUCAGCCCGAGCCCUAAACACUCGGAUGGUCGUCGAGCUAACAAACCACUAAUGGAAAAGCGACGGCGAGCUAGAAUUAAUCAGUCGUUGGCGGCGCUGAAGGCGCUCAUUCUUGACAGCGCCCGGCUGGAGAACACGAAGCAUAGUAAACUUGAAAAAGCUGACAUUUUAGAGUUAACGGUUCGACAUUUACAAAGGCAAAGAUCCCUUGCUCAACCUGGUUUGUCGAGAUAUAAGGCUGGUUAUCAAGAUUGCUCCAGAGAGGUAAGUCGGUAUCUCGAUGCUCCUGAUAUAAUCACCGGGAACACGACACCAAUGGACCCUGCAGUGAAACAAAGGCUACUACGGCAUUUGGAUAGUUGCGUGUCGGAAUUAGACUUGGAUCUGGGUUCGAGGCCGGAUAGCGGAUUAGGCAGCAGUCCCGGAAGCGUGACGGAUCGAGUGACAGGCUCGGGAAGUCCCGGUCCGUUGGAGCAUCAUGUGCCAUCGACUGCACAUUGUAGUACAACUUUGAAUCCGGUCGGCUUGAUAAAAGCCGAAAUACCGGAUAUCGAACCAGCCCGACCGGAUAGUAGUACUACCGCUGGCGAUGAAAACAACAAUAAUAGCAACAGCAGUAGCAACGGCAACAGCCGGCCAACUUCUGCCUUCGGUCAGGUUAAUACGACCAACCUUGAUUCUCAUCAUCAUCCACCUCCGCCUCCUCCGCCUGGUAUACCAGUUAUCGACCAGGCGUCUAGUUCACAGCAAAAUCCAAACAUGCUUUCAGUCGUGCAAGUGAUACCAUCCAGAUUGCCCGAUGGUCAAGUAGUUUUCCUUCUUCCUAGUCAUUACGUUCAGCUCGCAGCUGCUGCCGCAGCGAACGGUAUCAGUAUCGGGCCGAAUCCACCGACGGCCAUAUGGGCCGCCACUAACAUGUCUUUUCUCAAGGCGACGGACAAACUCGCCGCGAAACGGCCUCACGAGGAUAUACAGGAAUGGCAGGACGCGGCCACCGUUGCCGUGAAUGCUGCUGCUGCUGCUGUUGCCGCUACCGUCGCCGCUGCCGCUACGUCCGGCAACGCUUCUGUUUCCGCUUCCAUUUCCGCUUCCGCCCCCGUUUCUACCUUUGCUACCAAUGCCAUCUCAGCCAUUGGUUCCAAACCAAGUAAGAGUCCGCGACUCGAACAGCCGGAACAGCCGCUUGAUUUUACAACUACCUCCAAGAAACCAAAAUCUAACACGAGAGCUUCGUUACCAGCCGUCGCUAACGUCGAGCAUCACCUCCAGCAGCAGCAGCAACAACAGCUUAUAGGUCGUUUAUCCACGGAAGGAGCGAUCCCGUCGCACUCGGAAGACAGGCCGUCCAGCCACGCGAGUGGAGAGUUCGUCACGGGAAUUCGUUCGCCUUCUCCUCUUCAACAACCGCAACAACCUGCAAAAGACGAAGAAGGAAUGUGGAGGCCUUGGUAGAUUCUUAUUCAUGCCUCUGUGGUUGCGGAUCUACGAAAAUGUGCUAUCGUGUACAUUGUAUAGUAUCGCUGUUGGACGAUGGAACGAUAAAAAAAGAGUCACUUUUGAAAUAUCAUUUUCUACGUGUACGACAAGACACGAUGCACGUAUUGUAUUUUCGGAAUUCUGUAAAAGUGAAGCGAAUCUGUGUUUGAACCUCGUCGUCGUUUAAAAUACUGCGAUAAGGUGUGGAAUAAAGUUUGAGAAGGAUAAUAAAAGCGUUAAUGACUAGCCCGAUUCUUGCAAUUAGUACGCACUAUAAUCGAUAGAGGGACGAUUGGCAAGUUAAUUGGCGCAUAGUAAUUAUUUACAGUGUCAGUGUCCUAACAAAACUGAUGUACACUUGCUAUUUAGAUGUACGAAUUAUUACGUAGUGGUUUGUUACGACACGAUCGUUAUUCGUUCGUUUAGUGCAAGGAGUGCCUAAUUGAAGAGAAGCGCUAAUCAGGGAAGAAGGAAAAGACAUUGUGCAAAAUCUGCGUAUUACGAGGAUUCAACAAGCAUUAUCUGUUCCAAACAUUCAAAACUAACAGUAUAUAUGUAUACAUGUAUAUGAGAAAGAUCUAAUACGUUAUAGAAUCCGAGUAACGAAAAAGGGUUUCGCGCAUAGUACUUUUAUUCCGCCGUCGUGUACAUAAACCCCGAUUGGAAUUAUAACUAAUGCCAGAUAUAGAUUUAUUUUGAUGUUAACUAGGUGUAUAUGCGUACGAGACAACGUAGAGAGAAUGAAGCGAGUGGGAACGAAUCUGUGUAUCGUGAGUAAAUAGUGAAGAGACGUCAGUUCACGUUCUAGAUGAAUCACAGUUUUCAUCUAAAUAUACUUCUGUAACUGCUAUGUUGAGAUUCAAAAAUCCUUAUUCAAUGUACUUAGACAUCGGUCAAUAUAAAUAUGCAUACUGACAAGUCA